UGUUUGGAGUCACUGGGUUAAGGAAUUAACCUCAGAUACAAAAUCCAUUGAGAACAUAAACUUGGAGGAGGAUCAGUUUGCUGUCCUUGAAGAGCUAGGUGUUGAAUGGGGACUCAUUGAUGAGUCAAAAAGAAGUAAGAGAUACAAAAAUCUGUCAGAACGUGGUGAUUAUUCUGAUUACAUAACCAUGAAGAUGAGCUUUGGAGGUGUCUAUCAAGCUGUUAAAAUGGCUUUUGCUACACAUGAAGAACAGGAACUGAUCAGAUCAUUCAUUAAUGAGGUUGAACAAAAAUAUCUUGCAGCUAUUAAGAGCAAACCUGUUGCAACAAGAGGCUUUACAUCAACUUACUUGAAGGAAGUGGCUCAAAACAUAAAAUCUGAAAUAGAAACAAUGGGAUCUCAGAGAAAAUAUGUAUUCAAGAAGGAGUUUACAGUUGACCUUUCACUGUAUGUGUUUGAUAGCGCAGAAGGUUGGCUAUUAAACUCUCACAAGAUCUACAGAGACAACAAUGAUGCUCAGACUUAUUUGGACAACAAGAAAAAUGAGUAUUACAACAUUUUCAGAAGCUUCUGCAAAGGAAGUUCAUCUGCUGUGGUGUUUGGAGAAAUUAUGUGUGAAAAACUCAAAGUCUCUGCUGUUGAAGCCGUCUGUAACAAGACUGGAGUUCAUAUUGCUGGAGAGAUGAGGUCCAAUUUCCCAGGACUCAAUGAGAGCAGACUGAAUUUAGAGAAACAUGUGUUAGCAUCUCUGGCAGAGAAAGAAGACUUUAGCAGGUUCAUCAGCUACAUCAGAAAUCCAAGAGCUCAAGUAGAGGCUUUCAUCAAAGAAGAAGUAAAGACAUACAUGUUCACGACACAGAAAGUUAAAGCCCAGACUAUCCUGAAGAAAAAUGUAGACGAUAUCACCAGAGUUAUCAGUCAGGCUUUGUUUGAAGCAACAGAGAAAUUCAAACACAGAAAAGGAAACAUAGAAAAGUGGGUGGAGGAAUUUUCUAGUAAACUGAAGCCAAAUUUGACACUUGAUACCAUUAGUUGUCAAAACUUCAGUGACAUAAACAAUUUUGAAUUUCUUAAAGAAGAGAUAGAGAAAAGCCUGAAAAGCAUCACAACAGAGAUGAGCAAACUCUCCCUGGAAAAAGUGAAUGACUGCAGGCAGAAGCCUGAUCAGAUCCUGAUUGAUCAGCUGUGUAACUGCUGCUGGGAAAGGUGUCCAUUCUGUGCUGCUGUUUGCACAAACACUGUGAAGGACCACAGUCCUCAGGAACACAGCGUUCCUUUUCAUCGACCAAAUGGGGUUAAAGGCUGGCAUUACAGAGGAACAGUUGAUCUGGUCAUUGAUUUCUGUACCACGUUAGUUGCAAGUGACGGAGCCUUUUACCCUGAUGCUGGCUCGAAGAAGGCUGUUCCUUAUAAACAGUACCCAACUGCAGGAGAAAAGUAUGCUUCAUGGAGCAUUACAGCUAAUGCCUCCAUUCUGGCCUACUGGCAAUGGUUCAUCUGCCGCUUUCAAAAGGAAUUAGAAGACUACUAUAAUUUGAAAUUUCAGGGUUACGGAGAAAUUCCUCAGCAAUGGAGAAACUUCAGUAAGAAGCAUGCUAUUGAAAGUCUGGAUGAAAUGUGUAGUUUGUGAAGAGACUGCAGGUUCAUAGAAACUAAUCAAAGUUGUGGGUUUGAGCAGUAAUUAUGAUGUUCAAGGCUCUUCAAAAUGAAUAAAUGAUCAUUUAUUACCUUUGGUUUGUACAUCCUGAAUGAGUUAUACUUGAGGGAUAACUCAAAUGGCUUCAAACAAACAGCUCUAGGUUUUACAUUAUAUUAUUUUUCAGUUUUAUUGUUUUUCUUUUCGUUAUUCUGAUCAUUUUUAGUCACCAAAAGAUGUUAUUUAGGAAAUAAGCAUUGAAAUAUCAAAUAUGACUCUUGAUUUUGGUUACAGUAUGUAAACAUCUUGCCUAUUGUAUCCAGAGGGAAUCAGUUUAUUAUGGUAUAUUUUCUCAUUUUUAAAAAUUUUAUACAUGUAUGGUAAAAUUUAAAUCUUAAUCCAUAAAUUUUUAAGCCCAAUUACAAUCAUAUUGCUCCAGUAGAUAAAUAUUUUAAAAUAAACCACGUGAAUUUCAUGAACUAGAUGUUUUUUGUAAAUGACUUUAAUGAAUUUAGAUUCACCCCGCCCCUAUUUUGUCAUUUAUGUUAAGUUAGUUAAACUAAUUUGUUAAGCAACUGAAUAUUCUUCCAUAUUUCUUUUUAGUUUUUUUUAUUUCUUUAGUAAUUCUAUUUCUUAUUCCCUGUAAAUUAGAUUUUCUCUAAAUAAACUCCAGGUUUUGUAAUAGAAAUGAUCAUGUAAAAAAUGUAACCACUCGAAGUAAAUGAAAUAAGCAUAAUUUUUUGACAUAUCACAUCAUUUAUAAUAAAUAUUAUAAGAUUUAACAGGACAGAUAGCACAAAUGAUGCAGAACACUGUUUUACCAGUAGAAGUUAUGUUUGACUUUAACUUGUACUAAAAUGCUCCUGAAUUCUUUUCUUCAACUCUUCAAAAUAAAUAAAGGAAAUAAACAAAGGUGUGAAAGCAAAUGAGUGAAAUGUUUUGAAUCAGAUUAGGUAAAAUCCAUUCUCACCAACAUUUUCUGUUCCAGGAUUUAUCAGGUUGUUUAUAGUAAGAUCCAUGUUUCAUGUGAAAGAAUGAACUACUAUUAAUGAUACAUGUUUAGUAUAAUUCCUUUAUCAAAGACUUUACCUUUAACUUAUUUCACUUCAAAUGUAUUACUGUCUAUUCUUUAAACAUAUAUCUAUGGGUUUCUUAUCAGAUCUUCAAGUGUGUCAGAUUGAACAUGACAGUAAUUAUAGAUAAUGAGGUAAACAUGAACACAGUUGGAAUGAGAACUUCAUGUUCACCAAGAAGUUCCUCUUCAAGCAUGUCCAUGGAGUUUCCACACAAUCUACAAUAGAAAAUAUGCAUUUUAUUCAUAAACUGAAAAUGAAACACACAAAUAUUUCUACAUGGCUUAAUAUUAUCAGGAAUAAGACAUUCUCUGUGUGCUUGGGGUUUGUUUAGAAAGACUUCCUGUCCUGUCACGUUACUUCUUCUCUGCAGAAGGUUGUGCAUUUUACACUGUCAAGAAAACUGGCAUAGGGUGUGAGAUCUUUCCGGGUGCAUGCAGAAAAGGUGCAUAGAGGCCUGAGAGAAAAUAAGUAAUCUUGUAGUUUGAUUAAAAGCUAAUUAAAUUGAAUAUGGAUGAAUAGUAAAAUGAAUACAAGUAAUCACAA